AUGCCAGAAGCCCUUCCUUACCUGGAAGCUACCUCGUCGCCGUCACUCCACCUCCAAACCACAUACGCCCAUUGCCAUGGCUCCCAGUUUUGCAUUCUUAUAAAAUCCCUCACUUCGAGCUUUUGCGCGGCUGCUCUCGAAUCUCUCUCUCUUCGCUUCGUGAACACUAACCCUAGUUCUCGAUCUCAAGCUUCUGAUCGAGCAACGAUGGCGAGGCAGAUGACGACGAGGGAGCAGGAUAUUCAGAUGAUGCUUGCCGCUGAUGUUCAUCUCGGCACUAAGAACUGUGAUUUCCAGAUGGAGCGUUACGUCUUCAAGCGCCGCUCUGAUGGUAUCUUUAUUAUCAAUUUGGGUAAAACCUGGGAAAAAUUGCAGUUGGCUGCUAGAGUUAUUGUUGCCAUUGAGAAUCCACAAGACAUAAUUGUUCAAUCUGCGAGGCCAUAUGGUCAGAGAGCAGUGCUGAAGUUUGCACAGUACACAGGUGCGCAUCCCAUUGCCGGGCGACACACUCCUGGUACCUUCACUAACCAGCUCCAAACAUCCUUCAGUGAGCCUCGUCUCCUUAUCCUUACUGAUCCCAGAACUGAUCAUCAGCCUAUCAAGGAGUCUUCUCUUGGCAAUAUCCCAACUAUUGCUUUCUGUGACACUGACUCCCCUAUGAGGUAUGUUGAUAUUGGCAUUCCUGCCAAUAACAAGGGGAAACACAGUAUUGGGUGCCUUUUCUGGCUGUUGGCCAGAAUGGUUCUGCAAAUGCGUGGCACUAUUCCUCAAGGACACAAGUGGGAUGUGAUGGUAGACCUUUUCUUCUAUAGAGAUCCAGAGGAGGCCAAGGAACAAGAAGAGGAGGCCCCUGUUGCCACUGAUUUCGGUCAAGCAGCAGGCAACAUAGGUGGACUCCCAAAUGAUCAAUGGUCUGCUGACCAAUGGUUAGGGGCUGAGGUAGGGUCUAGUAGGCCUCCUGUUCUUCCUAUCACCGGAGGGACUGAAUGGACCGCUGCUCCUCAAGUAGCUGGUGAUGGAUGGGAUGUGGCUCCUGCACCUCCAGUCGAUGCUGCCGCCGUUGGUAUUACCCCUGCUGGUUGGGACACUGCAGACGCGCCUACACCGGCACCCACAGGUUGGGAAUAAGAAGGAUUACAACAGAGAUGUGCCAUCAUCCAUCAUAAGACAUUUAGAUCAAGUCCUUUUUAGCCUGAGUUUUUUGUUGGUUGCCACUGAGCACUGCACUUGUGAUUUUGACUCUUGUUUUUUCAUGAAUGAUGCUGCUAUUCUUUUCUUGCUGUGUUUCUGCAGGAUCAUCUUAAAUGGAAUUAAUUAUCUGAGAAGUAAACAUGCUUAAGUUUUCUUUGA